GCGGCUCAUGAGAUUAUCGUGGAUCGGUUGAACGCAGGUCUGCUGGACGGAGAUACCCCCUGCGGGGGUGAAAGGGAGGCGACAUGGGGGCAACGCAACAGGUCAGACUCCUGCUGUGGAAGAACUGGACCAUCCGCAGGAGGCAGAGGGUCCGUUUCGUCAUGGAGCUCAUGUGGCCUGUUACGCUGUUCAUGGUUCUGGUGUGGCUAAGAAGAGUGAAUCCUCUUUACCGUCAGCAUGAAUGCCACUUUCCCAACAAGGCCAUGCCCUCGGCGGGAGUCCUCCCCUGGAUUCAGGGAAUCUUCUGUAACGCCAACAACCCCUGUUUUCAAUACCCCACCCGUGGUGAAUCUCCUGGCCUGGUGUCCAACUACAACAACUCCAUACUGGCUCGGCUCUACUCCGACGCUCAGGAUCUUCUCCUGCGUGACCCGGAGUUCCAGGAGCUGGGUCGCCUCUGGAAGGAGCUGAAUGCCAUGAGCAACUUCAUGGACACUUUACGCAGCCACCCUGAACUGGUCUCAGGCCGGGGAGUAAAGGUGGAGACUAUCCUGAAGGACGAUGAGACUCUCACGUCAUUCCUGCUGAGAGACAUUCCUCUGACUGAGUCUGUGGUGUAUCAUCUAGUUAAUGCCCAAAUCAGGCCUGAACAGUUUGCUUUCGGGGUCCCAGAACUGCAUUUGAAGGACAUCGCCUGCAGUUUAGAGCUGCUGGAGCGUUUCCUGGUUUUCCCCAGCCGUCGAGGACUGUAUGCCGUUCGCAACGCCAUGUGCAUCCUCACCCCGCAGCGGCUGCAGAUCAUAGAGGACAGGUUCUAUGCCAACGUGGACUUUUUCAAAGUCUUCAGGCUGCUUCCUCGGGUUCUGGACAAUCACUCUCACGGCAUUGACAUCCACUUCUGGGUCCGGAUCAUCUCGGCCGUUUCGGACCAACUGCAGGAGUUUUUCCAGAGGAGUAGCUCCCGGGAGUUUUUCCAGGUGAUCGCUCCCCUCUUCCAGAACGACCUGUCCUUCAGGCAGGUGAUGGCCGCCGCCUCCAGCCUGGUGUGUGGCUACACCGAGGGGGCUUUUUCCCGAGUCACUUCCUUCAACUGGUACGAGGACAACAACUACAAAGCCUUCCUGGGUAUAGCCAGUGCCUGGACGCAGAGCCCCUACACAUAUGACAACAGCACCACUCCGUUCUGUAAUGACUUGAUGAAAGAGCUGGAGUCCAACCCUGCCACCAGGAUUGUGUGGAACGCCGUCAAACCAAUGCUGAUGGGACAAAUCCUCUACGCUCCCGACUCGCCAGCAGUCAGGCAGAUCAUACGAAAUGCGAACACCACGUUUGAAGAGCUGGAGCGGCUGAGGACGAUGGGGAAGGCCUGGGAGGAAGUGGCUCCUCAGAUCUGGGCUUUUUUCCAAGAUGGAGUCCAAGUCAAGAUGAUCCGGGACACCAUCCGCAAUCCGUCUGUGAUGGAUUUCAUUGACAAGAGUCUGGAGAAGGCGCCGUUCUCCUCCAAGCACAUCCUCAACUUCCUGCACAACGGCCCACCGGAGACCCGCGCAGCUGCAAUGCCUAACUUUGACUGGCGAGAUAUCUUCAAUCUGACUGACCGGGUCAUUCGAAUGCUUAACCAGUACGGGGAGUGCGUCGUCCUGGACAAAUUUGUCCCCCUCCCUGACGAGGACACGGUCACUUACCGAGCCCUGAACCUGCUGGAGGAUAGCAAGUUCUGGGCCGGCCUGGUCUUCGUGAAUAUGCACUCCUGGACCAACAAAGUCCCGCCGCAUGUUCAGUUCAAGAUCCGCAUGGACAUCGAUGUGGUGGAGCGCACCAAUAAGGUCAAAGACAGGUACUGGGACCCGGGACCCAGAGCCGACCCUAUGGAUGACCUCCGCUACGUCUGGGGCGGCUUUGCCUACCUGCAGGACAUCAUAGAGCACGGGAUCAUCAGGACUCACACGGGAAAGGAGUGGCCGCUGGGCGUUUACCUGCAACAGAUCCCUUACCCGUGUUACGUGGAUGAUCUCUUCAUGCUGACGUUGAACCGCUGUUUCCCCAUCUUCAUGGUGCUGGCCUGGGUCUACUCCGUGUCCAUGAUCGUGAAGAGCAUCGUUCUGGAGCGGGAGCUGCGCCUGAAGGAGACCCUGAAGGGCAUGGGGGUCACCAACGGCGUCAUCUGGUCCACCUGGUUCAUCGACAGCUUCAUCAUAAUGGGACUGAGCACCGCGCUUAUCAAUAUCAUCAUCAUGGAAGGAAGGGUGCUGAACUACAGCAACCCCCUCAUCCUUUUUCUUUUCCUGAUCACCUUCACCACGGCCACCAUCAUGCAGUGCUUCCUCUUCAGCGUCUUCUUCAACCAGGCCAACCUGGCGGCGGCCUGCUGCGGUAUCGUCUACUUCACGCUCUACCUUCCUCACAUCUUCUGCUUCGCCUGGCAGGACAGGAUCACCAAAGACAUGAAGAUCCUGGUGAGUCUGCUGUCCCAAGUGGCUUUUGGGUUCGGCACUGAGUAUCUGUCCCGGUACGAGGAGCAGGGAAUGGGUCUGCAGUGGGACAACAUCCAGACCAGCCCCCUGGAGGGGGACGAGUUCUCCUUCCUCACCUCCAUCUGCAUGAUGUGGCUGGACACUGCGCUCUAUGCGGUCCUGGCCUGGUAUCUGGACAGUGUGUUCCCUGGGCAGUACGGGAUCGGCCGUCCUUUUUACUUCCCCUUCCUGCCACGGUUUUGGUUCAACACAGUGGCUCCAGCUUCAGGCAAACUGGAGAUGGAUAAAAAAGGCUUUGACAACCUGGUAAACAAAGAGCAAGGAGAGCCGCAGAAGAAGGAAGAGGAGGAAAACCCAGAUCAGCUGAAAACCAAGACUGCUGAGGACAGCGUUCCCUCGUGUGAACAUGUCCAGCGGGAGACUUCAGGGCAGGAGAGCCAGGAGAGAGAUGAGCAGAGCUUCUUCGAGGCCGAGCCGGCGGGUCUGACCAAGGGCGUCUGCGUUGAGAACCUGGUCAAGGUGUUCAGCGGCAGCCACACUCCAGCUGUGGACGGCCUCAGCAUCAACUUCUUCGAGAGCCAGAUUACGGCCCUGCUGGGCCAAAACGGAGCUGGAAAGACCACCACUAUGUCGAUUCUGACUGGCAUGUUCCCUCCCUCCUCUGGAACAGCCACCAUUUAUGGCAGUGAUAUCUGCACAGACAUGGACUCCAUCCGCCUGUCCCUGGGAAUGUGCCCUCAACAUAACAUCCUCUUUCAGCAUAUGACUGUGGCAGAGCACAUCCUCUUCUACUCGCUGCUGAAAGGCCGCCCCAUAGCAGAAGCCGGGGAGGAGGUGGAGAACAUGCUGCAGGAUCUGGGUCUCCCUCACAAGAGAGACCAGCUGACCAAGAACCUCUCAGGGGGCAUGCAGAGGAAGCUGUCCGUCGCCCUGGCGUUUGUCGGCGGGGCAAAGGUGGUGAUCCUAGACGAGCCCACUUCCGGGGUGGACCCUUAUUCCAGACGCUCCAUUUGGGAUUUGCUGCUCAAAUACCGUGCAGGCAGAACGGUGAUCAUGUCCACCCACCACAUGGACGAGGCCGACCUGCUGAGCGACCGCGUCGCCAUCAUGUCUCAGGGCCGCCUCUACUGCUGUGGAUCCCCCAUCUUCCUCAAGAACUGCUUCGGUGCCGGCUUCUACCUGACAGUCGUCCGUCGGAUGAAACCGGACACUUCAAAGACCAGCUGUUAUUGCACACAGGACUGUUCCUGUAACUGCUCAAAGUGUUCAAAGUUUAAAGCAAACCAGGAGGAGAGUCGGGCCCCAGACAGGCAGAUGGACGGGGACUUGGAGCGGAUCACAGCCCUGGUCCACCACCACGUGCCCCAGGCCCGCCUGAUCGAGGCCAUCGGCCAGGAGCUCACCUACCUGCUGCCCAACCGGAACUUCCAGCCGCGGGCCUACGCCAGCCUCUUCCGGGAGCUGGAGGAGACCCUGGUGGACGUCGGCCUCAGCAGCUUCGGGGUGUCCGACACGUCUCUGGAGGAGAUCUUCCUAAAGGUCACUGCGGAUGGAAACGCAACCAACAAGAAGUGUGCUCCAGAUAAGAAAUCAGUGCAGCAGGUUUCUCGUGUCAGUCUGUGUGGAUUCAACAGAGUGGCUGUAGAUGAGCCGGUGGAAGCCUCCAACGGCCAGAGCCCGUGUGAGAACUCCGAGGGCAGCGCAGGACGGGGCUCCUACCAGGUCAAAGGUCUCUGUCUCACCCUCAAGCAGUUCUUCGCUCUGCUCAUCAAGAGGAUGCACCAUGCCACCCGCUCCUACAAGGACUUCUUUGCCCAGAUCGUGCUCCCAGCCAGUUUUGUCUUCCUGGCACUGACUUUCACCCUGGUCGUGCCUCCUUUUGGAGAGUAUCCCAGCCUGACCCUCACUCCCUGGAUGUACGGCCGGCAGUACACCUUCUUCAGUAACGAGCGCCCGACAGACGCUCAGAUGAGAUAUUUCAGCGAGGUCCUGCUGGACAAGCCGGGCUUCGGGACUCGCUGCAUGGCGGAUGAACCUCUGGAAGAUUUCCCGUGCAGUAACAUCACCACGGAGUGGGAGAUGCCCCUGGUGAACCCGGCCCUCAUAGAGAUGCUGGCUGGUCCGGAGUGGACCCCCCUCACCCCGUCUCCCGAGUGCCAGUGCAGCACCCGCCGGAGGCUCACCAUGCUGCCCGUGUGUCCCGAGGGGGCCGGAGGCCUGCCGCCGCCGCAGAGGAUCCAGUCCACUGGGGACGUGCUGUAUGAUCUGACGGGAAGGAACAUCUCCGACUACCUGGUGAAGACGUACCCCACCCUGAUCAGGACCAGCUUGAAAAGCAAAUACUGGGUGAAUGAACAAAGGUAUGGCGGGAUCUCAGUGGGAGGACAGCUUCCAGUUUUAGAGCUGCAGCCCAGGACAGUCCAGGACCUCGCCGUUCAGAUGGCUCGACUGCUCAACGUCACCGGGGGUAAAUACUCCAAACAAACCCUGAAUGAUUUCGGGACGUUCCUCAGAUACAUGGAGACUCAAAAUAAUGUCAAGGUUUGGUACAACAACAAGGGCUGGCACGCCAUGGUGUCCUUCAUGAACGUGGCCAACAACGCCAUCCUCCGCGCAAACCUACCCAGAGGAGCCAACCUGGCCGAGUACGGAAUCACGGCCAUCAACCAUCCUCUGAACCUCACCAAGGAGCAGCUCUCCGAAAUCACCGUUUUGACCACGUCCGUGGACGCAGUGGUGGCCAUCUGCGUCAUCUUCGCCAUGUCCUUCGUCCCGGCCAGCUUCGUGCUCUACCUCAUCCAGGAGCGGGUCACUCAGGCCAAACACCUGCAGUUCGUCAGCGGCGUCAGCCCGCUGGUGUACUGGAUGGCCAACUUCCUCUGGGACAUGGUUAAUUAUUCCAUCAGUGCAGCGAUGGUGGUGGAGAUUUUCAUCUUCUUCGAUAAGAAGUGCUACACCUCACCCACCAACCUGGAACCGCUUAUUGCUCUGCUCAUGCUCUAUGGGUGGUCCGUCACGCCCAUGAUGUACCCCAUGUCCUACAUCUUCAGCGUCCCCAGCACCGCCUACGUCUCUCUGUCCUGCAUCAACCUCUUCAUCGGCCUCAACAGCAGCGCCAUCACCUUCAUCCUGGACCUGUUCGAGAGCACCACGGCCCUGUACAAGCUGAACCAGCUGCUGAAGAUCGUCCUGCUGGUCUUCCCUCACUUCUGCCUGGGCCGCGGCCUCAUCGACAUGGCCAUGAACCAGGCUCUGACCGACGUCUACGCUCGCUUCGGUGAGGAGUACAGUCCAGACCCGUACCGCUGGGACUUCAUUGGGAAGAACCUGUUCUGCAUGGCUGUCGAGGGAUUCCUCUAUUUCAUCCUCAAUGUUCUUUUCCAGUAUCGCUUCUUCCUGGAUCACUGGAUCCCUGACGGACCGAAGCCUCACAUUCUGGACGAAGAUGCUGAUGUUUCAGAAGAAAGAGAGCGGAUGUACCAGAGCGGAAAAACCAAUGACAUUCUACGCAUAAAAGAUCUUUCCAAGACAUACAGAGGGACAAUAAUCCCCGCCGUGGACCGGAUCUGCGUCGGGGUUUCACCUGGAGAGUGCUUCGGCCUCCUGGGGGUGAACGGAGCGGGAAAGACCACCACGUUCAAGAUGCUGACCGGAGACAUCGACGUCACCUCGGGAGAGGCCUCGGUUUCUGGCCACAGCAUCUUGACCAACAUCCUGGACGUCCACCAGAACAUGGGCUACUGCCCUCAGUUCGACGCCAUGGACGAGCUGCUGACGGGCCGGGAGCACCUGCACCUGUACGCCCGCCUCCGCGGCGUUCCCGAAUACGAGAUCAGCCGAGUGGCAGAUUGGGCCAUCCAGAAGCUGGGGCUGUCGGAGUAUGCCGGCCACAGCGCCGGGACCUACAGCGGAGGAAACCGGAGGAAGCUGUCCACGGCCAUCGCCAUGAUAGGCUGCCCCGCGCUGGUGCUGCUGGACGAACCCACCACAGGCAUGGACCCUCUGUCCAGACGCUUUCUCUGGAACUCCAUCAUGAGCGUAAUUCAGGACCGACGGGCCGUGGUGCUAACCUCACACAGUAUGGAGGAAUGUGAAGCUCUGUGCACGCGCCUCGCCAUCAUGGUCAAUGGCUCCUUCAAGUGUUUGGGGACAAUUCAGCAUCUCAAAUACAAAUUUGGCGACGGCUACGUGGUGACCAUGAAGAUCAAGGCGGCGAAGCCGGGCUGCGCUCCAGACCUGAACCCCGCGGAGGCUUUCAUGGAGAGCACCUUCCCAGGAUGCAUCCAGCGGGAGAAGCACCACAACACUCUGCAGUAUAAGAUCUCCUCCCCCUCCCUGGCGCGGAUCUUCCAGAUGGUCCUGGCCAACAAAGACAUGCUCAACAUAGAGGACUACACAGUGUCGCAGACCACUCUCGACCAGGUGUUUGUGAAUUUUGCCAAGCAGCAGUCAAGAGAAGACGACGCCAUUGUGCUCCACCCCAAGGCCGCCGGAGCACAGCAGUACAUGGAGCCCCCUUCCAACAAGCCUCUGGGGAAGUGAACUGAUCUUUUUACUGUCAGUGGCCUGAAAGCCUGAAGGUCCAUGAAUAUAUAAAGAGGCGGACUGGACCCUAAACCCUGCCCUCGUCUGACGGUGCAACCGGUUUGAGACGCUGAAAGCGGAAUCAGGAAAACUGGUGGAGUUCGACAGCUUUUAGGAAAACCGAGUCCGUGUUUUUAAGGUACGCAGAUUUAAUGGGGCUGUUUACAAUGACUCAACAAUGCAGUCUGAGGACUUUGCGGUUCUUAAAAAUGCAUUCUGAAAUGUGGCUGCAGCACGCUCUUCAAGGUUAGCGCGCUCUGGGAAACAUGUAGCGUUCAUGUGCCUGCUGUAUGUUCCACGUCCUGCUCACCUCUUAGGCCUUGCAGACUAAUUAAAACUGAGAUUAAAGUCUUGGAUAAGGACCGAUGCUUUGAUGGACGAGCCGUCCGAAAAGCUCAAUAUCGGGUUGUAAAGGAAAGAGACGGUCCAUUGUAAAUUCUGCUUCAGAUGCCAAGCGAGAUGAUCUUUUAUUGCCUUCUUUAGAUCCAUAAAGUAAGCACUCAGAGCAGGGUAGACUUAGCACUUUAUUGAUGCAGCAUCGAUCGACGCUUCGCAGUUUCUACCGAGAUUUUUGGCAAUAGUGCUCGUGCAAU